AAUAAAAAAAAGUGAUUUUGUGACGCUACUAGAAACUAAAUCAAUAAGGGAAAAAUGGAUUUAUUGAAUUUACUUAUUAAUCCAAAUAAUUUAAAAAACAUUUGCUUUUUAUGUCUAAAGAACAGUUUGAAUACUUUUUGCGUUUAUGAAGACAUAGAAAUUCACAACGAGUAUUUAACUUUAAAUAUUAACUUGAGCAAUAUGAUGAAAAGCUUGUUCCCAACCCACGACCUAGUUUCAACAAGGACUUGUGAAGAAUGUGCAGACUUAGUCAUAAAAAUAUUCAGCCUCUUACAAAGUAAUUAUUUAAAAAAAGAAAUGCUGAAUACAGUCACAGACAAUAUAAAUGAAGAAUUAGAUAACUAUGUUCCGCUCCAUAAUUCAGUGAAAUGUAAAUUUAAUGUGAAUAUACCAAGCUGUGAUAGUCUUAUAUCUAAUUUUAAGAAACCUACAAGUAUUUUUCUAUUUAAGAAAUGUGAUAUGAAAUUCAAAUCAAAAACUCUACUCCAAAAACAUAAUAAAAUAACUCAUAAGGAUAUAAAGAAUGAAGCUAUAAUCUGUGAUAUCUGCGGAAAAAUAUUUAACAAAAGUUCUACUUUAAAAGUACACCUUAGCUGCCAUAAAGAAAAACAAUGUCCAUAUUGCUUCAAAAUUCUAAAAUCACAUUCUCAUUUCAAUGUACACUUAAGAAACCAUAAACAGCAAUUAAAAAGAAAGAGGAUUGUUAAAUAUCACCUCUGUGUUCAUUGUGAUUACCGUAGCCUUAAUAAAAACUCCUUGGAAGCACAUAUGAAUAAAGUGCAUUUAAAUAUAAGGCCAUUUGUGUGUGAUAUUUGUCAAAAAGGUUUUUAUAAGAAGAGUAAUCUAACACAGCACUAUGUUACACACACUAAAGUCAAAGAUAAAACUUGUGAGGUUUGCGGCGAUAAUUUUGUGAAUGAAAAGACCUUAAUGGAACAUUUGAUGUUGCAUUCCGGUCAGAAACCUUUUCAAUGUAAAAUAUGUAAUGCAGAAUUCAUCACUUCUGGUAGAAGGCUAGAACAUAUGAAAAGAAAACAUAUGGAGAAGGCAGAAUGUUGUGUUAUCUGUGAUAAAAAGUUUAGUUUAAGAAAAGACUUGAACAGUCAUUUGAAAAAUGUUCAUCACGCUGAGAAUUAUAUAUUGAAGCUAGAUAAUGUACAGACUGAUGCACAAGUAUUUAAAGUAAUGAAUUGUAUGUAGAAAUUUUGAAAACCAAUGUAUAACAAAAACUUCUAAUUAAAUAAUUAUGUUUUUACUAUUUUCAUUGUUUACUAAAAGAAUCCAAAUCCCGACAUGCAAUGUUUUAUUGCAAAUUUCGCAAAUACAUGCGAUCACUUCACACUUGACGAUGAAGGAAGAUAUUAUGCAAACAAAGGCGUAUACCUAUAUAAUUAAGGAUGCUUAAGCUACAUUUUUUGGUUGAUGCGAAGAAAAGUUUUCGAUAGUGGCGCCCUCAAUAAUAAAUGGGCAAAUUAUUAACCGAUUAUAAUUGUCAGGGAUGUCGCGCAUUAGUGUGUGAAUGAUUGCAACAUAAAGAAACCCCUUCUUCCUUCCCUUGAGUUGGAGUGGCCGCCCAAGAGGAUUCCCAAGGACCAAAGAACGAGA